AUGGCAGAAGCCUUAAGUAAUAGUCACUCUUCAGGAAAGGGUCUGAUUAGACGGCUUUCCAAUCGGGCGACCAAGUUUGCCAGCAGGACCCGGCGGCAGUCAGCAGCGACGCCUAUGAGUCGGGAGGGAAGUGUAGGUCCCGGUAUUCUCCGACGCAGAAGUGAUAGCACCAAUACGGCUCCCGCAGCGGAUACUGUCCUGCUGACGGAUUCUGACGAUGAAUUUCACGAUGAGAUGAACGAGAUGAAUUCUAUCUCCGGUGCUGAGAGCAUGGCACGAGACUUCUCAUCAGGUAGCGCUGCACCCUCGCUCGCAGGUUCCGCCUCCAUCACGGAUAUCCCUGCCGGUCCAGUUGUACCCAUGGCUUUAGUCAAAGGUACCUACCUGUACAAGAUAUCAAAGAAGAAGAAGUCCAAGCGGUUGCUCUUCAUUCUUGAAGCCGAUGCUGGCAAGAUCACAUGGGAAAAGGGCCGAUCAACCAAGUGCAUCUACAUAGAUGAUAUCAAGGAUGUCAGAAUAGGUUCUGAUAUUCGCCAGUAUCGUAUCGACUACGGUGUUGCCGAGUCGGAAGAAGGUCGUUUCUUUACCAUCUUCUACGCCAUCCCUGACAAGUCUAGGAGUAAAACCAUGCAUCUGAUUGCCGAAGACGAGGAGACUUUCGCACACUGGGUUAAUGCCCUGGACUCGAUAUCUAAACACCGAGAAGUGCACAUGGCCUCGUUAAUGGCGUUCAACGAUAGCGCUAUCCGUGGGUAUUGGAACGGCGAGAUGACAAAGCAGUUCGAGAAGAAGCAUCACUCUCUUGGUGAAGAGGAGAUGGAUUUCCCUGGUGUUGAACGGGUUUGCAGAAACCUCCACAUACACAUGGCCCAAAGGGAACUCCACGCAAAGUUCGCCAUAGCUGACACUACCAAAACGGGUAGACUAAACUUUCGCGAGUUCCAGGUCUUCGUCCGCGAGAUGAAACGGAGGGAAGAUAUUCGAUGUUUAUAUUUCAAGCUAGCCUCGGAUCCAGAGAGGGGAAUCACUUUAUCGGAAUUCAUUCGGUUUCUACGAGAUGAACAAGCAGAGGAUGUUGACAGCAACCUUGGGUUUUGGGAAGCCAAGUUCAUUCGGUAUGCGCACCGGACUGGUAGGUCGAGAAUCGAAACGGCUUCACUUCACCGUCUAGACAGGGACUCUAUUACCAUGAGCGAGCAAGCACUCGCAGCCUACCUUACCUCGAAAGACAACUUCCCACUCGUACGUGCGCCGCUAGACUAUCCACUCGACCGACCCUUCAACGAAUAUUUCAUAUCUAGCUCGCAUAAUACCUACCUAGUCGGCCGUCAGAUAGCAGACGUUGCCUCUAUCGAAGGCUACAUUUCGACUCUAGUCCGAGGUUGUCGUAGUGUCGAAAUUGACUGUUGGGACGGCUCCGACGGACAGCCGGUAGUUAAGCACGGCUACGCUAUGACGAAUGCCAUCUCAUUCCGAGAAGUCAUCAAUACUGUCAACAAGUACGCCUUCGUCGCAAGUCGUUUCCCAUUGUGGGUCUCCCUCGAGGUUCACUGCAACCCUCCACAGCAAGAGGUCAUGGCCGAUAUUAUGAAAGACAUCUUCGGCACCCGCCUUGUUACAGAGCCGUUGGACCCAUCUUCGACAAAGCUUCCGUCACCGUCAGAAUUGAAGGAUCGUAUCCUAGUCAAGGUAAAGGGAACGCAUCAAAGCCACGAACCACAGCGCAACGGCGGUGAGACUACGACGGGCCGUCGACGUGGAAACAGUCUCACAUCCCCAUUCUCCAAACCGGUACCAUCGGACAGCUCACCUAUCCCUGCUCAGUUCCUCACUAGUCCAUUAUUAGGUCCAGCCCCUCAGCCUCGACGCGCUUUGAUACCCAAACGCGUAGACACUAUCACUGAGGGUGAGGUCCACGACACGGUCAGUAGCAGCACGAGUGAAUGCGACAGCGAAGAGGAGAAGCGAGGGAAACGGAAGACGAGCAAGAUUGUCCAAAGUUUGGGCGAACUAGGCGUAUAUUGUAGCGGCGUCAAGUUCCAUGGCUUCGAAUCGGCAGACUGCAAAAAGAGCAAUCAUAUUUUGUCUUUUAUGGAAGGAACAUUUAGGAAGCACUCCAAAGCUUCUGACUCGAAAUUAGCCUUGACCCGCCACAACAUGCGUUAUAUGAUGCGGGUAUAUCCCCAAUACUCCCGUCUCUCGUCAGACAACUUUAACCCUCUGAUGUACUGGCGAAGAGGAGUGCAGAUGGCUGCGCUCAACUGGCAGACCUUUGACUUGGGUAUGCAGUUGAACCAAGCUAUGUUCGACGGCGGUAUUGACCAGUCCGGAUAUGUUCUAAAGCCUGCAUCGAUGCGUGAAAUACGGAUUUUACCUGAUGGGUUACCUGCUGAGGCUAUUGGUAAACUCGAGCGCCAGAAAAUGUCCUUUAAUAUCGACAUCAUCUCCGCGCAGCAACUUAUCCGGCCAUCAACCUUGGGUUCUAGCCGCACUCUGGACCCGUACGUCGAGAUCGAAAUCUUCCACACCAACGACAAGCGGGACAAGCACGAUAGCAUGGCCGGUAUCCCUCUUCUUACCGAUACUCCCCUCAAGUCGCAUACUUCGGUUGUAAAGGAGAACGGCUUCAACCCGGUGUUUAAUCACAAAGCCCACUUUCAUGUCACCGCUAAGCACCCCGAGUUGGUCUUUGUUAGAUUCAGCGUAAAGCUAUCUAACGAUGGAGAAAACUCCUCGGGCCGCAAUGCUACUAUUGCAACCUAUACAGCCAAACUCAGCAGUCUCAAGCAAGGCUACCGAACCCUACCACUACUUGAUUCGAAUGGCGAUCAAUACCUCUUCUCGACUCUAUUCUGUCAUAUCAAGGUGCACCCUACGACUAGUGUUUACCUACCAAAAGCUUCGGAGAGCAACGGUGGCGAAGCCACUGUGGGCAAGUUGAAGCAUAUUAGUCGAAAUGUGUUUAACCGAUCAUCAGCAAAUAGCGCGAAGUCCAGUUUCGACAAGAGUAGCGUCGAUGGUGGCUAUUCUGAUACAUCCCAACAACCCCUUGUCUGA